ACGCUAACGCGGGUUUUAUUUUGAAAAUCUUUAUUUUGAAAAGCGGAAGUUGCCUGUUUAGCUGCGCUAGCUUUGACUCGGCUAGUUUGUGUUUACAGCGCGAUUUAUCGGAGAAGUGUCUUAAAAACGACCUGGAUAUAAUUACUUUAAUUCAUCAUCAUGAAGCUGCGGGUUCGGAUCAACCGGCAGACCAGCAGGGUGGAGUUACCGGGAGAAGAACCCAGUCUGACAGCGCUCGUAGAUCACAUCAGGGGGACAGUUUUGCCUUCUCACGGACUCAGUGCAGAAACAGAGUUCAGUUUGUCUCUGAACGGCUCGGAGCUUCUGUCGGACACCGGUCAGACUCUGGCGUCCUGCGGCAUCGUCUCCGGAGAUUUGAUCUGCGUCGUCCUGCCUGAAUCUGCAGCCGCCGCCUCCGCCGCCUCCACCGCCUCCACCGCCUCCACCAACCCCACGAGCAGCAGAACAGAGACCCAGAGGCAACAGCAGAACCAACAGACCCGACAGGCUGCUGCCAUGACGUCCAACCAGCAGCCCGGCAGCGGCCCUGCAGAGUCCGGACCUCCGGCCUCCGGCUGGGAGCCCAUGCUGUGCAGCGAGGCGGAGGAGCGGCAGGCUCCCCUCUCCCUGGAGCUCCUCUACCACUCGGCCCAAACCGCGAGUCCCAGCGACGCCGUCGUGGUGGCCGGACACCUGCUGAUGCUCGAAACCGGGUUUGUUCCUCAGGGCUGUGAGAUGAAGGCGGGUGAGAUGCCCGCAGGGUGGAGGUCGGCAGGCGGAGUCUACAAACUGCAGUACACUCAUCCUCUGUGUGAGAACAGCCUCGCCAUGGUGGUAGCUGUGUGCAUGGCCCCCGUGCUCGUCAUUAACGCGACUCUGAAGGUGAACCAAACAGUCGACGCGGUCCGCAAACUGUGUCUGAAUCCAUCCGGCUACGUGACCGACGAGUGGCCAGGAGAAAGUGCGGCUGCGGCUUUCAAAGACCUGAACAAACUGUCCCGAACCUUCAAAGACCAGCUGGCGUACCCGCUGAUCGCCGCCGCCAGAGAAGCGAUGGCUCUGCCGGCGGCGUUCGGCCUGGCGGCUCUUCCUCCGGAGCUCCUCCUCAGAGUCCUCAGACUGCUGGACGUCGGCUCCGUGGUGAGACUGUCUUCGGUCUGCAGGCACUUUAACACCGCCACGGCCGACUCCGCGCUGUGGAGACACCUGUACCGCAGAGACUUCACAGAUUCAGAUCCCGGCAGACCCAGAGACACAGACUGGAAAGAGCUUUACAAACGCUUCUUUAAGAUCCGUUUGGAGCUGCGACGCGAGGCUCGCCACCACUCCCUCCCUCCUUACCACCGAAACCCCCGGGACAUCUUCAACCCCGUCCCCGUGCCCCUCCACCCCCCGCUGCCCGGCAUCAUCGGGGGCGAGUACGACCAGAGGCUGACCCUCCCCCGCCCUCGCUUCGACCCCGUCGGCCUGCUGCAGGACCUCGACGGGAGACCUCCGAGCAACUUCCGCAGAGUCCGACCGACGAGAGGGCGAGCCGCUGACGUCCGCCGCGGUUUCAUCUGACUGUUUGUUCUUCUUCUUUUCCUUCUUCUUCUUCUUCUGCAGUAAUAAAACGCACGGAUCCGAACGACACGAGUGCCGAUUUGUGGAGCGAUGUUCCCGGGAGCCGUUGUGUGGGAUUGUUUGCAGAGUGUUUCGCCUCGAAGCCGCAGCUUCGCCGUGAAUCGCUCUGUGGGGAUUUUUAUUAAAAGCUGAUGAAAAUGCACGAAAGCACAGAAUCAUCUGGAAGGAAAAGGGCUUUGAGCGGCUGUUCCCCACCUUUACGCCCCGUUUGUGUGAGAGGGGUCAAAAUCUAGUUGUGAAAUCUAAUCUGGUUUAACUUCCGGCUUGAUGUUGUUGAAUUAAUUUGUGUUUUAAUAAACUAACUACACGCAGCGCAGCAAACAAAAUACACGUUUUCCCCUUUUUACCUGUAUAUCUCUGGAUGUAACGCACCUGAGUAACCGGGCCGUGAUGUCAGGAAACAGAUUAUACUGUUAUAAUAAACAGUCUCACUGUAUGGAAGCCCGUUUAGGCCAAGAAACAGAUAAACACACAAACUGUUUGGAAAGACGACAAUAAAAGAACUGGAGGUACGUCAAAAUUAUGAGAUAGUAAUCAGGUAUUUAUUCUUUUUAUCUGUUGUUUUUUUUUAACUUAUAAUUUUUAUUAUUACUUUGACUCAGAAAAAGACAAACUUUUGUCUUCCUAUAAUUGUAUUGGAAGGACAGAGAACCACUGGAAUAAUCUGCAAAAGGAAAUUAAACAAAUUUAAUGUAAAUUAAAUUAAA